AAAUUCUUUGAGCGAGUCUUAGAUUACGAAUAAUUUUAAUUCCCUUUUAAGCGUUUUUUAGUUCUGGUGGUCUGAAAUUGCUUUUAAGCAUCUGACACGUAUGUACGCCAGCAUUCGUGAGGUGGUACCACCUCCGCCAACGGAAAACCACCUAAUCAUAACAAUGCGCAGCACUUUCAACGAAAUCAUUCUCUCUAUUUUCAGUAUUCGUGAAUUGUAUCGAAUACCAGUUUACGCUUGCAUAUGA